GAGAGAGAGAGAGAGAGAGAGAGAGAGAGAGAGAGAGAGAAUCAAGAUGAUUCAAAGGUGCUGUGUACCAAAUUGUACAUCAACCUCCAGAACACUAUCUCAUAGACUUCCAAAAAAGUCAAGACAAAAAUAUGGCUAAGGGUCAUUGGACGGAUUGACAUGAUUGAUGCAUCAAGACAAAUAUUAAACAAAUUAAGGAUUUGCGGUUUACAUUUUUCGGAAGAUAUGCUAAUCCCUUAUGCAUCUCAACGAUGCCUAAAGGAUUGUGCAUUGCCAACUCUAUAUUUACCAUUAGAAAUAGAUGUUGCGCAAGAUACUGCCAAUACCAUUUCUAAUAGUACAAAUAUAGAUAAUCCCGAAAUAAUUAAACGCAAUCCUGAUUUUCCAAUGCCGACAACGCCGCCAAUGCCUAUACAACAAGACAAUGUAUUAAAAAUUAUACAUGUGAAAUCAGUUCAUACAGUAGAUGUUCAUUAUCUACGUAGUAAACUGAAACAUGUAAAAAAGAUACUGUAUAAGAAGAAAAUUACAAUUAAAAACCAACGGGAGAAAAUAAAUCGACUGCAUCGUAGGAAUAAAUGGGAGGAAAUUACACAGGAAUUAUCUAUUACACAAAAGACUUUCUUUGAUAUGUUAAGCACAAAUCUUCAUUGUAAACCACAGGUAUGUUUUUUACAAUUAUCCAUAUAGCACACGAUGUUGCAUAGACUACCACGACAUCCAUAUAACAUCGUACAGAUAUAUUGUGACAUCCAAGUGACGUUCCUCGUACGAAGUAUACUGUGUGUGAAAUUAUAACAUUUUUAAUUUAAAAUUAUUGAUAAAAUCAGAA